ACUAUCCGUUUAUUCAAAGAAGAGAUCGCUGCCGUGGAUCAUUUUAAAUGCAGGAUUGAAGGUAAAGCGGCGGACAAAUAUUAAACAAGAUGGCAAGAUAAAGUGGGUAACGUAUAUAGGGCACUUUGAAUAAGAUAUCUAAAUAAAUUAAACCAAAUCGACGGGGUAGUUCAGACUGGUUGGGGUGUUAAUGUAGACAGUUCUAACAAAUAGCAUUUCAGGAACGAUAUUUAGCGAUUGUGUCGACAAUAUAGAUAUAGUUUUUAAAAUAUUUGUAUAUCCCAUUACGAAAACAUAAAAUCAGUCAAACUAUGUGUUGUAGGCCUAGUGUUUACUGAGUGGGAAUUUUAGUGUGGUCGCGAUAGCCGCCUUUGACUGUGAUGAAAAACGAUGACCAUCGAUUUUAAACAUUGUUAAAACGAUAGUUUCACUGGUAUCAAACUUGUUAUUUAGCUAAUUGAAUUGAAGUGAAUUUAAAAAGCAUGCUAGGGCCUUCACUCAUUUUGUCUUUAAUGAAGGUGGUUGGCCAAAGUAGGCUAUUGCUUUUCGGAUUUUUUACAAUUAUUAUUAUUUUAUUAUUCAUUCGCAUUGGCCUGCUAUAUUAAAUUCAGUCGUUCAGAAUAUUCAGGUGAAAUAUUGGGUGAUUAUGUCCAGCAGAGACGGUAACGUUAGAUAACGGGACAUGUCAGGCAACAGAACACGUUUCUGCAGCGCUAGAAGUAACUGUACAACCUUUGAAUUAUAUUCUGCCUGACAAUAGUCGGUUCUCGCUUCUGAUUGGUCCAUAUAAAUCUCGAGCAUCGCGGAAAAGUCGUUUCAGGCGUCGGCGAAACUGCGCUGGAAGUCGCUUGUUCUGCUAAUGAAACAGUUGAAAGGAACUAAGGGGAAGAAUAAGGCUGUGCUUUUUCCGGUCCGCCAUUGGUAGAAGACCUCAAGAUGAAAAUGAGCCAAUCUUUGGAGGAAGAAGAGACCACGACCUCUGAAAGCAGCCUCAUUUCGGGGAAAGAGGCCGAAAAGGAAACAUCUGAUGAAGCUGCAGGCCCUGUGAACAUGAGUUUGUGUGCUCCUUCCAGGCUGGGGAGAUCUGGCUCACCUGUGCCCAGUGUUCAGACAAUGCAGACACACCGUUCCAAGGAUGAGCCACCAAACUUCAGCAAGGAGAUGGAGCCCAUGGGACCAAGAGACCAGACUAGCCUGGUAGAAACCCAUUUGCGCCCACAGUGCAGAAAGAGGGUUGGCUCUCCAUCCAGCUCUGGAGACACAGUCUGUGAUGUCUGCUCUGAGGGACGGGCUAGAGCUGUGAAGUCCAGAGCUGUGAAGUUCUGUCAGACUUGCUCUGCGUACUACUGUGAGACACACAUCAGAGAACAUUACACUGCAGAGGAACUGCAGAGACAUAAACUAGAUGACAUUACUGAUGCCUGCCAGCAGGAGGAGACAAAGCAACAAGUGGGAAAUUCUCAAUAUCGGCACCAAAAUGGUUGGAGACAAGAAGGGAAGUCUGGAAGGAGACCUGCACCUCAUGAUCUGAGGAUUUUGCUGGUGGGAAAGACUGGAGCAGGAAAGAGUGCAACCGGAAACACCAUCGUGGGGAGAGAGGUGUUUAAAGAGGGAGUUUCCCCUGAAUCUGUCACCUUAAAGUGUGAGGAACAUAGUGGAGAGGUGGCAGGGAGACAUGUUACUGUGAUCGACACACCUGGGAUCUUUCAUACAACUCCUUCUUUUGAUCAAAUCACGCGUGAAAUGGUAGAAAGCAAGAGCCACUGUUUCCUGCUAGUGAUCAGACUGGGGAGGUUCACAGAGGAAGAGAGGGCCACUCUAAAAUGGAUCCAGGAGAAUUUAGGAGAAGAGGCUUUGCAGUACACAAUGGUGCUUUUCACGGGAGGAGAUGAGCUGAGAUCACCAGUGGAGGAGUUUCUGAGUGAAGGCAGCGGUCUUCAGGAGCUCAUCCACAGCUGCGGUGGUGGAUAUUACGUCUUCAACAACAGAGACAGAAAGAACCGCACUCAGGUUGCAGCACUGCUGGAGAAGAUUGACACUGUGCUGUUUAGUAUGACAGGAUACCAUCAUGCCACUACGAAGAUCCAACAGGUUCAAAGAAUGAUACAAACAGAGGAGGAGAGAAAGAGGGAGGAGAUUGAGAGAGCGAUCAGAGAAGAGGAGGAGAGAAAGAGGGAGGAGUCAGAGAGAGAUAUCAGAGAAGAGGAGGAGAGAAAGAGGGAGGAGUCUAAGAGAGAGAUCAGAGCAGAGGAGGAGAGAAAGAGGCAGGAGUCUGGAAGGAGACCUGCACCUCAUGAUCUGAGGAUUGUGCUGGUGGGAAAAACUGGAGUAGGAAAGAGUGCAACCGGAAACACCAUCCUGGGGAGAGAGGUGUUUAAAGAGGGGUUUUCCCCUGAAUCUGUCACCAUAACGUGUGAGGAACAUAGUGGAGAGGUGGCAGGGAGACAUGUUACUGUGAUCGACACACCUGGGAUCUUUCAUCCAGCUCCUUCUUUUGAUCAAAUCACGCGUGAAAUGGUAGAAAGCAAGAGCCACUGUUUCCUGCUAGUGAUCAGACUGGGGAGGUUCACAGAGGAAGAGAGGGCCACUCUAAAAUGGAUCCAGGAGAAUUUAGGAGAAGAGGCUUUGCAGUACACAAUGGUGCUUUUCACGGGAGGAGAUGAGCUGAGAUCACCAGUGGAGCAGUUUCUGAGUGAAGGCAGCGGUCUUCAGGAGCUCAUCCACAGCUGCGGUGGUGGACAUUACGUCUUCAACAACAGAGACAGAAAGAACCGCACUCAGGUUGCAGCACUGCUGGAGAAGAUUGACACUGUGCUGUUUAGUAUGACAGGAUACCAUCAUGCCACUACGAAGAUCCAACAGGUUCAAAGAAUGAUACAAACAGAGGAGGAGAGAAAGAGGGAGGAGUCUGAGAGAAUCAGAGCAGAGGAUGAGAGACAGAGGGAGGAGUCUGAGAGAGAGAUCAGAGCAGAGGAGAAGAGAAAGAGGGAGGAGAUUGUGACACAGAUCAGAGCAGAGGAGAAGAGAAAGAGGGAGGAGAUUGUGACACAGAUCAGAGCAGAGGAGAAGAGAAAGAGGGAGGAGUCUGAGAGAAAGAUCAGAGCAGAGGAGAAGAGAAAGAGGGAGGAGUCUGAGAGAAAGAUCAGAGCAGAGGAGAAGAGACAGAGGGAGGAGUCUGAGAGAAAGAUCAGAGCUAUGGUAGAGAGAAAGUGGGAGGAGAUUGUGACACAGAUCAGAGCAGAGGAGAAGAGAAAGAGGGAGGAGAUCAGAGCAGAGGAGGAGAGAAAGAGGGAGGAGUCUGAGAGAAAGAUCAGAGCAGAGGAGAAGAGACAGAGGGAGGAGUCUGAGAGAAAGAUCAGAGCUAUGGUAGAGAGAAAGUGGGAGGAGAUUGUGACACAGAUCAGAGCAGAGGAGAAGAGAAAGAGGGAGGAGAUUGUGACACAGAUCAGAGCAGAGGAGGAGAGAAAGAGGAAGGAGUCUGAGAGAAAGACCAGACCUAUGGAGAUGGAGGAGUGA